UGUGCAGUAACAUCUUAAUAUAGUGUCUUUCCCAUUGACCUGUGGCAUCUGUGGUUUAGGAGCCGGAGGCUUGAGGAAAAUCCAUUGGUCUCAUAAUGGAUGACCAUAGCAGCUCCUUGGAUAGCUCCCAGUCUGUCCGAACCAGGCAAAAUGUGAUUAAGUGUGGGUGGCUGAGAAAGCAAGGAGGUUUUGUCAAGACUUGGCACACACGUUGGUUUGUACUCAAGGGCGACCAGCUUCACUACUACAAAGACGAAGAUGAAAAUCGACCACUGGGGACCAUUUUCUUGCCUGGAAAUAAAGUCACGGAGCAUUCGUACAAUGGAGAUGAGGCGAGAAAGUUCCUUUUCGAGAUUGUGGCAGGUGGAGAUCGUGAUCGGAUGACUGCCAAUCAUGAGACAUACCUCCUCAUGGCCAGUACUCAGAAUGAUAUGGAAGACUGGGUGAAGACUAUUCGCAGAGUGAUAUGGGCUCCCUUUGGUGGAGGUAUCUUUGGCCAGAGGCUGGAAGACACUGUACGGUACGAGCGUAGGUAUGGUACUCGCAUGGCACCAAUGCUUGUGGAGCAGUGUGUAGACUUCAUCCGCCAGAGAGGGCUGAAGGAAGAGGGUCUCUUUCGACUACCCGGUCAAGCGAAUCUGGUCAAGGAGUUACAGGAGGCCUUUGACUGCGGUGAGAAGCCGUUAUUUGACAGUAAUACAGAUGUACACACUGUUGCCUCUUUACUGAAGCUAUACCUGCGAGAGCUGCCUGAGCCUGUCAUCCCCUACGCUAAAUAUGAUGAGUUCCUCUCCUCUGCCAAACUGUUCACCAAGGACGAAGAGAAUGGGAUGAAGGAACUAACUAAACAAGUGAAGACACUUCCCCCAGUCAACUUCAACUUGCUAAAGUACACCUGCAGGUUCUUGGAUGAGGUGCAGUCUUACUCCGACAUAAACAAAAUGAGCGUUCAGAAUCUAGCGACAGUGUUUGGUCCAAACAUACUGCGACCAAAGAUUGAGGACCCAGUCACUAUUAUGGAAGGUACAGUGCUGGUUCAGCAAUUAAUGUCGGUCUUGAUAAGUGAACAUAACAGGUUAUUUCCCAAAGAAGGAGAGGAGAUUCAGACCAGGCAGGAUGGGUGCAACAACAACAAUGAAAUGCCAAAGAAAACCACAGUAACGUUUCCACAGCCUCUGAAUAAAGAGAACAAAAAGCCAACGCCCGAGGCAGUUCGUCAGUGUUCCUGGGACAAUUCAGAAACUUCACAAAGGGCAAGCAAUGAGUGCGGGUCUCCAACUGCCCUGAACAGCAGCAACAGAUCGGGGAGCCCCAGGACCAGCCUGAGCAAAGUGGAUGUUAACAGAAGUCCACCUGUCAUGGUGAAAAAAAAUCCUGCGUAUUCCAAGGGUAGUGGCAUAGUCACCAACGGCUCCUUCAGCAGUCCUACCGAGAACCAGGAGAAAAUGCAAUCGUUGCCAAACGGAAGCCUGCAGGCCAGAAGGAACUCAUCACUAAAAGGAACUGGGACUAAAAUGGGGACCGGCAGUGUGCAGAAUGGGGGAGUGAGAAUGGGAAUCUCCAGUGCAGAUAUGAUGAAUUCCUCUUUAAACAACCGAAUUGGAAGCUGGAUGCCCAAUGGGUAUGUGACAUUGAGAGACAGUAAGUCCAAGGACUUGGGACUCAGUGAAUCUAUGCAACAGAAUAGACUGUCCACCUAUGACAAUGUUCAGCAGCAAUUUUUACUUUCAAACUGUGACGACAAGCAAAGCGUGGACAGUGCCACCUGGUCCACCUCAUCCUGUGAGAUCUCUCUGCUAGAGAAUUCAAAUUCCUGUCGCUCCUCCACGACCACCUGCCCAGACCAAGAUAUUUACGUGGGGAACUAUGAGGACCCGGCGUUGGAGGGACCGGCACACGAGCAGUCCCUUCAGACGGAAUACGAGAACAAGUAUGAGCGGAGUAGUGGGGGCAGUCGCAGUAGCCGUGGGACUAAUAGCAGUGAUAACAGUGACACAUUUGUCUCUAAUGCUUCUACGGGCAAUCACAGUGCUUUGCACAGUCUGGUUGCAAGCCUGAAGCAAGAGGUAACCAAGCAGAAGAUUGAGUAUGAAGCAAGAAUAAAAAGUGUGGAGCAGAAGAAUGUAGAGCUGGAGUCUGAAUUGAUGGUGCUGCAUGAAGAGCUGGACCAGGAGAGGAAGAAGUACACCAUGGUGGAAAUCAAAAUGAGGAACACCGAACGUGCCCGGGAGGAUGCGGAGAAACGGAAUGAAAUGUUACAGAAGGAAAUGGAGCAAUUUUUCUCAACGUUUGGAGAUCUGACUGUGGAGCCAAGAAGGCCAGAGAGGAAUAAUACCAUCUGGAUACAAUAAAGGUCAAAGCAUUGAGACUGUGGCUAUAGAGUACAAAACCAGGUGACUGGUCACCUGUCUGGAGAUAGCACUCAAUAACAUUAAACACGUUGGAGGAAAAGAAAGUACAUUUCAACAUGAGUUGCCAGUAUUUUAGUUGUGUACUUACCACGUUACUAUAACCUAUAAACUCCCAUGUAAUUAUGUUACUGUUAAGUGUUACAGCUGGUUGUGUAUAUAGCUUAAAAACAAAAUCAGUGGCAUCUGUAAGACUAUGUAUUUCAAAGCAAAACAGGAAACCUUUAAUGAAAGUCUUGUAUUUAAACUGCAGAAAUUAAUAUUGUUGUGUCGCAAUUAAGCUUUUUAUCGAGGCUUUUACCUUGCACUUAAUGUAAGCUAUUUUUUAGCAUCGUGGUAUGGUUGGGUUUUUUUGUAAUUAAAUUUUUUUUGAAAACUGCCCGCGCCCCCCCCCCCCCUCCUCCCCAUCCCUUUUUCUUGCAGGGGAUGAGAGAAUCCUGAGAGGUCCAGAGGCGAUUCGGAAGAGGGAUUCUAAAUAUUGACUUGUGUGAUGCCGCUUUACUUGCUUUACCAUUUUACUUGUUCAUGACCAAAAAAAUGUGUACAUAUUUUAUAAAAAAUAUAACAGAU